UGUGCUUAAAGUAGAAGCCCCAAACACAGCUUUCCCACCCCACUACUGUUCCAAGUUUUAAUCUUCCCUGCUACUGGCUGCCACAGAAAUCAGCCUGGAGGCCACUUCCUCUGUCCCCCCUUCCUGGCUGCCAGCUUCUACAGGAAAAUGUCUGAUCAGGAGGAAGAAUUUACUGCUCAGAAUGUUUCUGAUGCGUCAGAAAAAAGAGGUGGUGCUUAUGAGACAAUCAAUAUUCCAGUUUCCUCAGAAGAGCCUCCCGAGUCAGAUCAAACUGAAGACAAUGAGCCUGAACCAGAAGAGAAUGAGUCUGAACCAGAACCAUCUGGUGGGAGCCAUGAAGCGCGUUCCAAGGAGCAGAUUGACCAGAGCUCUUUAAGCUUGGAAAUAAACAACGAAGAACAACUCCUGGAAAAGAUUAUGUCACCUGAAGAAGUUUUGGAUUCUCCCGUACAUUCUAAAAGGCACAGUCUAACUGAAUUGGAUAAUGCAAAGCAGUCAACCAAACAGCAUUCAGAUGAUUAUUUUCUGACAUUUCUGGAUAAAAUAAAGGCUGUAAAGGAAUCUCUGAAAACACCAGUGCAAGAUUCUUUAGCAACAGGAACAAUUCUUAAAAAUUAUGAGACCCUGCUACAACAUGGAAUUAACGCACAGGAUAUUGUCCAAGUGGAAAUCUUCUCCACACUUCCAGAUCUAUAUCCAAUCCAAAGAAUACAUGGGUUAAAUGAUGCCUCUCGAAUCCUAAUAGUCAGAGUACAAACUGGCAUCGAUCAGUAUCAGCAGGUAGCUGUUGAGAUGAUAAAAUCCAACUUUCACAAACCAUUUCUUGGUGGAUUCAGACAUAAAAUAACAGGAAUAGAAUAUCACAAUGCUGGAACACAAACCGUACCUAAGAAGAUUCUCCAAAAAUUCAACGUGCUUUGUAGGGACACACAGACAGUUUUUCAGAGAAAAAAGCUUCAACAAACUACAAAUACAACAUCCACACAGAUGACUAAGAUUGGUGUGUAUGUAUCAAAUAUGACCGAUAAACUGGUAACACCAGGAAAAUAUUUUUCAGCAGAGGAAUACCACGCUCAAAGAUUAGCGGCGGUACUAGUGAUACAGACUUACUACAGACGAUGGCACGCUAAAAUCAUGGUAAAGAAUAUAAGAAGACAAAAAAUGUUAAGGCUGAAGUGGGAAGAAGAGGAACAAUUAAGAAAAAUAAGAGAAAAAGAAGAAUGGAUGAAAUUGGACUAUUACCGGAGGCAUAAUCCUCAGACAAAAGAAGAUUUUGAACUUCUUUAUAAUGCACUAGAACGAGUACCUGGUAAAGUAGAAGUGACUGGCACAGAAGAGUUUUCUUUAUUACCUGAGAUGCCAGCAAAUGACAUUGGGGUCCCUCAGGACCCACUGAAGUUUUAUAAGAAGAUUCACUUUUGCCACAGCUGCCAGCUCUAUUUGCCUUCUACGGAGUUUUCUGUCUCAUCCACCUCACACCGCGUAUACCGGUGUCGGAACUGCGUUAGCCUUGACAAUGAGACUCGGCAACGAGAAUCGUUUUUGAAGUACAAAUGUUUACUUCAGUGUCUCUUCUCUUCAGAAGCUGAUUAUGAAGAUGAUUCGAAAAUUGCUUUCCUGAUGCAGCUGGAGGAUAUCCAGUACCUGACGGAGAACAUCUGGUCGGGCCAGUCAGCACUCAGCGCCUGGAAGGACCUCAGUGACCUGGUCCUGGUCCGGUGGGACAAGGCCCUGGAGUGGUCCCCCUGGAACUGCAUCCUGCUCACCAGAGAUGAGGGCGCCGCGCAUCUCAAGCUAACGAGCAUUGAAGAGGGAUAUGAACCCAAAUUUAUUCACAAGAUCAGACACAAACAUAUCCUGGCCAAGAACUAUUUUUCUCAGAUUCCACUGCUGGCUUCAUUUAUGUUUGAUGACGAUGAAAUAGAGGCAAUCAGAAAGAAAUCUGCCACAGAAACAACACCUAAUUUUAUAGAAUGCCGGAGGCAUAGUCCUUAGAAGAACCAGGAGUAUUUUUUUUUUUUUGAUGAUCAGCAUUUUUGCUAACAGAGUAAUACUGUGGUCACACAAUAUGGAAAUAGAAUUUUAUCUUUUUACUGAUUUCAGUUGUUUUUCAUAGUAUCAUAAGGUGUAUGAAGAGAAAACGUUCCUAUAUUUAUUGUUAGACUAGUAGUGUUAAAUUGAAAUACUUUGUUACUAAAAUUAAUAUUUUAUUUUAUUUUAUUUAUUUAUA